UGUAAGCCCGUCCCCCUGUGUAACAAGCAGCACAGUCCAGAAGCUGCAGAGAUGGUACUAAGAUGCUGAAAUUUGAAGAGGUAGACUGCUAUAAAAUGAGAACCCAGCGGAACCACAGUGGCAGCAGCACAGAACAUAAAGUGCCGCACACACGGAUGGAGGACGAAGCUGCAAUUCAGCAAAUAUACAUUUUUGGAAGGAAACUUGGACAAGGAAGUUUUGGAACAGUGAUUGAAGCCACUCACACGGAAACUGGCAAACAGUGGGCAAUAAAAAAAGUAAAUAAAGAAAAGGCUGGAACUUCUGCUGUGAAACUGUUAGAGCGAGAAGUUAAUAUUCUAAAAAUCGUUAAUCAUGAUCACAUAAUCCAUCUAGAAGAAGUGUUUGAAACACCCAAGAGAGUUUAUCUUGUGAUGGAGUUAUGUGAGCAAGGUGAACUAAAGGGAGUUCUGCACAGGAAAAAGCGUUUCUCAGAAACAGAAACAAGGCACAUCAUUCGCAGUCUCGGCUCUGCUGUUGCGUAUCUUCACAAAAAAGAUAUUGUCCAUAGAGAUUUGAAAUUGGAAAACAUUUUAGUAAAAAGUGAUGAACAAACAAACGAAGAGGAGACUAAACUAAACAUAAAGGUAACUGAUUUUGGCUUAGCUGUGCAAAAGGGAGGGGUUGGCAUUGAAAACAUGCUACAGUCCACCUGUGGAACCCCAAUAUACAUGGCUCCUGAAGUUAUUAAUGCUCAUGAUUACAGCAGGCAAUGUGACAUCUGGAGCAUCGGAGUCAUUAUGUACAUGCUGCUAUGUGGAGAGGCACCUUUCAUGGGAAGCUCUGAAGAUAAACUUUUUGAAAGUAUAACAAAAGGAAAACUGAAUUUCUCGCAUGAUAUCUGGAAGUCCGUUAGUGAAGCCGCCAAAGAUGUUCUACAGCGGCUUUUGAAAGUUGACCCUGCCUACAGAAUCACAGCUCAUGAACUUAUUGACAACCCCUGGAUAGCAGGGGAAACAAGAAUUGUACCUAGGCCCUUAAAUGUUCUGGAAAUGAUGAAGCAAUGGAAGAACCACAUGGAUUCUGAUGAAGAGCAGAGCAGUGAUGAUUCCAAAAGCUUGUCUACUGCAAGUGACAAAAACAGUAACCAAUCACAGGAAAGCAUCAGUCAUUUAAGCACUAAUGAGACCUCUGAAAUGACUGAAACAGACAGCAACAACCCACUAAUACAUGAAAAACAGGUAAACAAGAAAACAAUGCUUUCCCAUACUGUGCCAAAUGGGUCUGUUAAAAAGAAGAGUUCAAGUCUCAAGCCUUCUAGUGCUUCCACGGUAACUGGAAAAGGGUCUACACUCUCAAACUCCAGGAGGACACAAGACAAUAAGGAUUACUCCGUGGUACAAGUCACUUCUGUAUUGAAACAAAGCUCAAUCACCUGCAAGGGAGAGACCAGCAAAAAUGAGUUUAAAUCCAAUGGACAUGGACAAAAAGUAACUCAUAGACAGUCUGCAUCACCUAGAAUGAAAAAGACAUAGACAUUGACAGCAGUGACACUCAAAUGUUUGGGAUUUUAUUAUUGUGCCAAAAUAUUUCGACAAAAAACAACACCCAGAGGAUGUUGUUGUAUUCUAAGAUCUGUAUUUCACAUUCCUUUGUACACUAAAUAGAAUCCAGUGACUAUUCAGCUGGAUACGACUUUCCGUUGCUUAUUAUAAGUUUUUAAAUUUGUAAAGCAGUUAUAUUCCCUGUUCUGUUGGCUUGAAUUUGACUUAGAUGUGGGUCAACCUUCCCUAAUCUAUUUUAAAAGCAAAUAAUGGAAUUGUAGCAUACAUUGGUUGUUGUGGAAUAAACUUGUUAUUCAUUUAAAAAUUCUUGUAGGAAAUGAAAUACCAACCACUAAAGUAAUACUGCAGUUCAGUUAAAACUGUAACUUUAGAAUUAUAGUUAAUAGUUUUGUUAAAUUUAACUGCAGUCUAUUAUAAAGACAGAGCCAACUUGCCUUUAUUUAUUGGGAUUGUUCAGUUUGUUCCUUUAUCCAAUGAUGUGCUACAAUAAUAAUAAAAAAACAAUUAAAACGUA